AUGCAGACUCUACCGACCUCUCUUUCAUUACUCGUCUGUUCUCUCCUUGCGACUGGUUCUUCAGCCCUGCAUGUCAGGCCUCGUCUCGAUACCUAUCCCACGCCAGUCGCGGAUCUUUCAAAUGCAGCAGCCGCCGCCGCCGCCAUCACUGCUGCUCCGUCUCUCGAUAUUCUAGGCGAUCUGAAAUUUGCACGAGCGGUCCUGCCUAGUAUACCCGCAUGUGCCACCUCAUGUGUUGCCUCCGCAGUUACAAAAUCAACGAAUUGCAAAUUAGGAGACUAUCAAUGCGAGUGUAACUAUGCGACUGUCAUUAAUCAAGGGGCGGCCCCCUGUGUUCAAAGCGCUUGUGGAUUUGACGGCGCUCUUCAGGCGCAAGCAGCGGGCGAGCAGCUAUGUCUAAGUGUGCUCGCCGGACUUGUUCCUUCCUCUACUCCUACCGACAAAAACAACAAUCUUCCCAGCCCCUCUGCCGGCAAGUCUGACUCUUCGCCUUCGAACGGAUCCUCUCCGAAGCCGACUGGUUCUUCAUCAGGAGGCUCUGGAGGAUCAUCAGGAGGAUCGUCUGGUUCUGAUUCUGGAUCUAAUUCUGGCUCAGGCUCUAACUCAGGUUCUGGCUCUAACUCUGGGUCUGGCUCUGGCUCAUUGGGUUCCUUGGGUUCGGGUUCAGAUAAACCUAGCAAGAAGACAAAGCUCUCUGGAGGUGCCAUUGCCGGCAUUGUCGUCGGUGUUGUAGCGGGCAUCACCGCCGCAGCCGGAGCAGUUUGGAGAUUCUGCCUGACCAAGAUGAAAGGAGGAAGCACUGCUGAAGCAAUAGCCGCAGCCGGGGUAAAUGGAACAAAUGGGGCACCGCCCUCUGGAGCUGCUGUCGAAACCGCCCAAGUGCCCCCCGAUCCUGCCAAGCCUACCGGGGUAACAUCGACGACACCACUAUCGACGCCGAGCGAACUGUCUAAUAACAACCCUCAACCCGUUUCGAGCGUAUCACCGCCGUAUCAAAGCCCUGUCACACCAACACCUCCAGUGUACCCCAACACGACUGAACUGCCCAACGGAUCAUGGCCACAUCAUCAGCAGCAGCCUCCAGCCGGAUAUGCGUAUCCUCCUCCUCAACAAGCUGGACAGCCAAUGUAUGGCUAUCCAGUGCCCGGACAGCAGCAACAAUACGCGCCUGUUCAGCCUUAUCCACAGAUGCAUCAGCCAUAUCACGAGGCUCCAGGAGCGCCGCCGCCAGAAAUGGCUGGUAAUACGCAUAUAGUACAGGAGUUACACGGCCAAACUGCUUCAGGGGGAGUCUACGAGAUGGGUCAAUGA